UUUUCUCGAAGUCUUUUCCUUUUUCAAUUCCUUCUCAAGAGUUGUUUUACAGGUAAAUGCGGAGGGUAAAUAUGAUUUUUUGAGUUUUUCUAAACAAAAGAAUGGGAUGGUUUUGUUGGUUUCCUACAAAGCUGGGAGAGCUGUAUGUAACUGUGUUUCAAUGUCACGGCUUAAAACCUUAAGCAUAACGACAAUCCUGGAAAACAGAGAGGAGAGAGACAAUCCCAGUUCGCGUUUUGCACUAUAAUUUAACACAAUCCCAGUUUUUUUCCACUUCGGUAUUAAGCAAAAAGGCAACAUAUUUUUUAAACUGACCACUGGCUUAGGAACCUCAGUAGUUGAACCAUAAUUUUUAUUUUGUGUCACCGGAAAAUGGCUGCAACGAGGAAACCGUUACUGUCUUUGUUAAGCAGAGUGAGCAGAGCCAGCAGGAGGAGCUAUGGUGCUGUCGCUGAAGGCAGCACUUCGUCUUCACCUUCUUCUUCUAACCACCUCAUCAACCUUGAAUACGAAUAUAGUGCCCACAAUUACCACCCAGUUCCUGUUGUAUUCUCUCAAGCAAAGGGAUCGAGCAUAUGGGAUCCAGAGGGCAAGAAGUAUCUCGAUUUUCUAUCAGCUUACUCAGCUGUUAAUCAGGGACAUUGUCAUCCAAAGAUCACCAAAGCAUUCCAAGAACAGGCGGAAAGACUCACACUCAGCUCCAGAGCGUUCUACAAUGACAGAUUUCCAGUGUUCGCAGAGCGUCUGACAAGUAUGUUUGGCUAUGAAAUGGUGCUUCCCAUGAAUACUGGUGCUGAAGGAGUGGAAACUGCUCUGAAGUUGGCAAGGAAAUGGGGUUAUGAGAAGAAAAAAAUUCCCAAAGAUGAGGCUAUCAUUGUUUCUUGCUGUGGCUGCUUCCAUGGUCGUACAUUGGCUGUCAUCUCUAUGAGCUGUGACAAUGAGGCUACUCGAGGAUUUGGGCCAUUGUUGCCUGGUCAUGUUAAAGUUGAUUUUGGUGAUGAUGUUGCCCUUGAGAAGAUCUUUGAAGAACAUGGACACAGGAUAGCAGGAUUUCUAUUUGAACCUAUUCAAGGAGAGGCUGGUGUUAUAAUACCUCCAGAAGGGUAUCUCAAAGCAGUCAGAGAACUUUGCUCAAAAUAUAAUAUUCUAAUGAUUGCUGAUGAGAUACAAAGUGGCCUAGCACGGACAGGAAAAAUGUUGGCUUGUGAUUGGGAAGAAGUUCGCCCAGAUGUUGUAAUACUAGGAAAAGCUUUGGGUGGUGGGGUAAUACCCGUAAGUGCAGUGCUUGCUGACAAAGAUGUAAUGCUUUGCAUUCGACCUGGAGAACAUGGAAGCACCUUUGGGGGAAAUCCCUUGGCCAGUGCAGUGGCCAUUGCCUCACUAGAUGUAAUCCAGGAGGAGAAACUUGCUGAGAGAUCUGCCCAUUUAGGACAAGAACUUUUGCAUCAGCUGCUUAAGAUUCAGGAGCAAUUUCCAAACUACAUUAAGGAAGUUCGGGGAAGGGGUUUAUUCACUGCUGUUGAGUUCAACAGCAGGACUCUGUUCCCUGUUUCGGCAUAUGAUAUCUGUCUAAAGAUGAAAGAAAGAGGAGUUCUAGCCAAACCCACACAUGACACGAUUGUACGGUUGACUCCUCCGCUUUGCAUGAGUCCGGAUGAGCUCCAGGAAGGAUCAAAAGUGCUGCGAGAUGUUCUGGAACUUGAUUUACCAAAUUUGCAGAAGACCAAGCCAAAAGAUUCUCCAACUACAGCUACUAUUUGUUAUCGUUGUGGGCGAAACUUGUAUGAUUCUUCAGAUAAAGAUCUCUGAAUUAUAUGUUAAAUGCGGGUUUCUAUAUGUGCAUCCCUGGAUAUGGAUUCUCAAUUCUCCUGUGCCCCUUUUUCUUGAAAUAAAUUAAAGACGUUGAGAUCAUUCAUCUUAGUCUGGAUAAUGAUGAAUGAUUUAUCUUUUACUGCUUAGCAACAACACAAUGAAAAUUAUAUGCUAUCUAAUAUCAGCAAUAUCUUUUGUUAAA